AAAAUGAUUUGUGAUAUUUUAUUCAAACAUAUAAAAGUUGCAAUCGGAAAAAAGAGAGUGAAAUGUACGAUCGGCUAAACAGAUGGUACAAUAGAUCGAGAGCUCACAGUUGUGCGCCAUUAUUGAACUACAAAAUCUACAAAUACUGAAACGCAGAAAAAUCUCACCACUCUUAUGGCUCUGCUAUCGUCAUCGUCUAAGGGAGUGGUAGUAUCUCUGCCGGUGCUGCUCCUUACCGGCGCCGCCUUUUCCGCCGUAUUAUUCUUCUUUCUUUUCUCCUCACCACCACCGUGUAAUUGCCCUGUCCCUCCAACCACCGCCGUCGGUGGCGGCGGUGGCUACAGAUCCGGCACCGGAGAACGGAUCUCGACGUCAACAGAGGAUAUAGAGUGGGUGAAGAAACAGAUCGAAGGUAAUGGGCUCCAUAUGGCGGAUAAUGUGCUGCGCAAAGGGAUCAACCCUCGUACUCGCCAACAACAGCUUCAGGAUUUUGUUCAGUUCAAGGGCAUAUCACAUUAUGAAGGAGAACCAACAAAUAAUCACACUGCCCUUCCUUGUCCUGGUGAACUCCUCGUAGAACAACACCAUAGCAAUUAUGGAGAGCCAUGGGCAGGAGGGAGGGAUGUUUUUGAAUUCCUUGCAGAGUCAGCCCAUCUAACCCCAAAUGCCCAAGUUCUUGAGAUUGGAUGUGGGACUCUUCGUGUUGGAUUACAUUUCAUCCGGUAUCUGAACCCAGAACACUUCCACUGUCUUGAGAGAGAUGAGCUUUCUUUAAUGGCUGCAUUCAGAUAUGAGCUUCCAUCUCAAGGCUUAUUACACAAGCGUCCCCUUAUUGUUAGAGGUGAAGACAUGGAUUUCAGUAAAUUUGGAUCCGGAACUAUGUAUGAUCUGAUAUAUGCAAGUGCUGUUUUUCUUCAUAUCCCUGAUAAACUUGUUUGGGUUGGUUUGGAGAGGUUAGCUGCUAAAUUGAAACCUCAAGAAGGUCGAAUCUUUGUGUCACAUAAUAUCAAGUUCUGUUCACGAUUGGGAGGAGAAGAAUGCACAAAGAGGUUGAAUGAUUUAGGGCUAGAGUAUAUUGGCAAGUUUACACAUGAUAGUUUGCUAUUCAAUCACUAUGAAAUUUGGUUUGGGUUUAGGAGAUUCAGAGCUUGAGGUCGUGUGGUUGUUUGAAGACCUAGUGUUCUUGCGUGUAUUGUCUAAAGCUAUUGUGGAACUGCAUUUGAAGGCACGCUCUUGCCUACACAUUCUUUGCUGGAAUUCUGGCACGAAAUAGAUCUUUGUAGCAUUUGUGUGUAAGAGAUGCUGCAAUUUCCCAAAAUGGAGGUGGAUCAUCAUUUACAUAAAGCUAACUCCUAAACUUGAAGAAUCGAGCAUUAGCUGCAGAGGCUGAUCAUGUGAUGAAGAAACAAUUUCACGCAGACCAGCUGAUAUAUGAAACAAGGUUGAUCUGUAUCAUACCUGAUUUGUAACUUUUGUUGUAUCUUGAACUUCUAGUUGUAGCAGGCUUUUUCAUUAUCUGCUAUGUUGUGCAUUAUUUCAGUCACCACUUAUGAAACAAGUGACUAUUUGUUAUUCUUGCUUCUAGAUUUUGUUCAAUGCAAUUUAGGAUUAUUGUCCA